UCAACUUUCAUCAAACACUUCACUGAAUCAAUCACGGAACUUCAUAACGACAAUGUCGUCUACAGAUAAACCCAAACUCAAUCUUCCUUUGAAAAUCCGCGUUACUCUUUCGCUCAUUUCCGCUAUAACCAACGCUUCACGUCGUCCUAACGGCACCGUUAACCGUACUCUCUUUAACUUCUUCGAUCGCAAAUGCUCACCUAAUGCUACUCCCGUUAACGGCGUUUCCACCAAAGACGUAACCGUUAACGCUGAACAUAACGUCUGGUUCCGUCUCUUCACUCCCACAGACGAUGUAACUGUCACCGGAGGCGACACCGACACUAAAUCCGCAUCACUUCCCGUCGUUGUUUUCUUCCACGGUGGUGGUUUCACGUUUCUUUCUCCAUCUUCACUCGCAUUCGACGCCUUUUGCCGGAAACUCUGCCGUGAAAUCCCCGCCGUCGUUGUCUCCGUGAACUAUCGUCUCUCACCGGAGCAUCGCUACCCGGCGCAAUACGACGACGGAGAAGCCGUACUGAAAUUUCUCGACGAGGAUAAAACCGUUUUACCGAAAAAUGCUGACGUGGCAAAAUGUUUCCUCGCUGGAGACAGCGCGGGUGGAAAUUUGGCACACAACGUUGCGGUUCGGGUAUGCAAAGAAGGACUCCGGAAAAUUCGGAUCGUCGGGUUGAUUGCGCUCCAGCCGUUUUUUGGCGGGGAGGAGCAGACUGAGUCGGAGAUUCGUCUCGAAGGAGCACCGUUGGUUUCGACGAGUAGAACAAAUUGGUUAUGGAAGGCGUUUUUGCCUGAGGGAUCGAAUCGAGAUCAUGGAGUGGCUAAUGUUAGCGGGCCGAACGGAGAGGAUUUGUCGGGUUUGGAUUAUCCGGAUACACUUGUUUUUGUGGGCGGGUUUGACCCGUUAAUUGAUUGGCAAAAAAGGUAUUAUGAUUGGUUGAGAAAAAACGGAAAAAAUGCUCAACUAACCGAAUAUCCAAACAUGUUUCACGGUUUUUAUGUUUUCCCUGAGCUUCCCGAGUCUUUUCAACUUGUUUUGGAAGUUAAAGAUUUCAUCAACAAGAAUAGAGUUUCAAAUUAGCUAAUGUUAGGUGGAAUAGCUUAACAUGGUAUUAUUAUUAUUAUUAAAUAAAUUGAUUAAAUGUAAUUAAUCUAUAGAUAUUGUGUCGGUGUACUGUACUUUCGCUUAGAAAUAUCAAUGCUAUAAAGCUUGCUACUUACAUAGGUUGUAAAGUUGGUACAUGAUGCUAUCACUAGUAUCAUAUUUAAGAUAAUGCUGAUAGAUGUAUGAGUUUUUAAUUUUCACUAUUUAAACCUGAUUAUGCUCCAAAA